UAAGAAAGAGUGAGCAGUGGACCACGUCCCGGCGUCGUUUUAACGCAAUGUAUGCAUCACAUUCACACUCUCUCUGCUGUCUUCACAGAUAAGAAUUGAUCUCUUCUUCUUCUUCAGCUCAACGUCACACACAGAUUCUAUUAAACCCUCUCUAUCAAAUAAUUUGUUCAAAAAUCAAGAACUAGUUUUAAAGAUGUCGUGGCAAACAUACGUAGAUGAGCAUCUCAUGUGCGAAAUUGAAGGAAAUUAUCUAAAGUCUGCUGCUAUCAUCGGCCACGACGGCAGCGUUUGGGCUCAGAGCGCUGAUUUCCCUCAGUUUAAGCCUGAAGAAAUCACUGCCAUCAUGAAUGACUUCAACGAGCCGGGAUCACUUGCUCCUACUGGGUUGUUCCUUGGAGGCACCAAAUACAUGGUCAUUCAAGGCGAGUCUGGAGCUGUCAUUCGAGGAAAGAAGGGAUCUGGUGGUAUUACCGUUAAGAAGACCUCUCUGGCCUUGAUCCUUGGUAUCUACGACGAGCCAAUGACUCCAGGACAGUGCAACAUGAUUGUUGAAAGGCUUGGUGAUUAUCUCAUUGAUCAGGGUAUGUAAUCUCGGUAUUUAUCCUGAUAUUACUUACAAUUUUAUUGGCUUUUACGCAAGCUUGCAUUUGCCUAUAUUCCUAUUGUAGGACUGGGAAAUGUAGCGAAUAAUAUUACGAAAUAUUAUAAGUCAAGGGAUACACUGUGUGGGAAAAGAAAUUGUUUGUUACUUGUUAAAAUGUUAACAUAUGAUGGGUCUGUUAUUGUACUAAGUUUGAUUAUGGUAUUCCGAUAAUUGUGGAGUGAAGUACUUUUGUCUAAUCUACAUCGGAUUUCAUCUUA